AUGGAGAUGCAUAAACAGGAGGGGCUUCUAACAGAUGCCGAGAUGACAUCUGUUCAAGCAUCUGAAGUUGACGAUUGGACAAAUUUCAGGGACAAUGAUAUUAUGCAACAGCAAUCUGCUAUCCUGGCUGAGGAAGCUGAGAAAAUUCCGUUUGUGGGUGACAAGGAACCUCUCUUGUCAUUGGAAGCUGAAUAUCAGUCAGGAAGUAGUAUUUUGCUUGAGAAAAUAAAGGUACUGAGUGAACGGUAUGCUUCCAUCAGGAGAACAAGGGGAGAUGGAAACUGCUUUUUUCGAAGCUUUAUGUUUGCUUACCUUGAGCAUAUUCUGAAAUCACAAGAUCGAGCAGAAGUUGAUCGCAUCACAGCCAAUGUGGAAGAAUGCAGAAAAACACUUCAGAGUUUAGGUUAUGCAGACUUCACAUUUGAAGAUUUUUUUGCGGUUGAAAUAGAAAUACGUACAAAAGUGAUCGGUUCCAUGGAGCACAUCAAAAGGAAUGAUUCUAUUGAUCAAGUAGUUGGUCCAUCUACGAAAGAGCAGCAGGAUGCUGAAGACACAGUUGACUCGGCUGUUCUUCCUCUGCCCAGAGCGAGGGAGCUUAGCUCUAGGUUUAUGUCUUCGGACAAUUGA